AUGACCACCCCGAAACCUUUCAAGAUCGCUGUUGACGACUCGCUCCUUGCUUUCGUCAACCAGCGUGUUGCUACUGGACGAAUACCUGAAGGUUACAACUUUCCACCGGGAAAAGAAUGGACUUACGGUGUUCCUUCUCAGGAGAUGUCACGGCUGAAGGAGUAUUGGACGCAUAAGUAUGAUUGGAGGGCUGUUGAAGCACGAAUUAACUCUUAUCUCAAAAUGUUUACUAUUCCAAUUGAACACAACGGAGAAUCAUUCUCCAUGCACUUCGUACACCAUCGUUCCGAGAAAGAAGGCGCAGUCCCAAUGCUAUUCCAGCACGGAUGGCCAGGAAGCUUUCUAGAAGUCGAGCCAAUUAUUGACUCACUGGUAAAUCCCUCAGAUCCAUCCCACCAAGCAUAUCAUAUCAUUGCUCCGUCACUGCCAGGCUUCGGAUUCUCCUCUUCGUCAAAAUCCCCGGACUUCACCUUGAUAGACAUAGCCGCAAUCAACAAUAAGAUUAUGCUAGCACUUGGUUACACCAAGUAUAUUGUCCAAGGCGGAGACUGGGGCUCUAUGGUAUCAAGAUUCGCAGCGGUUGGACACUCCGAUAAUGUUCUAGCAUGUCAUGUUAAUAUGAUUGUUGCUACACCGCCUGUGUGGUACACACAGCCGAUUUCAUUCGUGAGAUUUGUGGUUUGGGCUAUUAUGAAUGCGAAGAAGCCGGGAAGCAUGCUAGCGAAAAUGCUGUGGUGGAGAAAGGACGAAAAUGGAUAUCUUGAAAUUCAAGGAACAAAGCCCCAAACACUCACCUAUGCCCUCGCAGACUCGCCAUUAGGACAACUAGCCUGGAUCCGAGACAAAAUGCAACCACUCAUUAGCAACGAUUAUCGAUGGCAAGACGAAGAUGUAAUCACCUGGGCAAUGAUGUACAUUAUCCCUGGUUCUACCGGUUCAUCUGCGAUCUACACCAAUGGCAAGGGCAAGAAAGCGAAAAUCUUCCAGCAAGUACUCCUAGACAAACCACUGCCCGCGAAGCAAGACUUCGGUGCCUCUGUGUUCCCAGACGAUGUCUUCAACGUACCUUAUUUCUGGGCCUCAGCGUGCGUCUCAAAGAAUAUUGUGUUUUGGAAGGAACACGCUGUAGGCGGUCAUUUCGCUUCCACCGAGAAGCCGGUUGAGCUUGUAGAAGAUAUUCGCGAGUUCACGAAGAAUAUUAGGAAGGAAAAUAUGACCGCAUUGAAGCAGAGCGGGAAGUUGAAGCUGUAA